AUGCCGGACGACGACAACGACGAUGAGUUGUUAACUCUGAACAUCGCCGGCGCCUCUUCUUCUUCCGACGUUGGCGAGGACGAUAGAAGUCGUGGUGGUGGUCCUAAAGGUAAUCCGCGCAAGCGAACCGUCGCUCGAGGGAAGAAAAAAUGGCAAGGCGGGAAAGAGAAGCGGCGGGGAAACGGUGAUGCAGUCGGAGGAGGAAACGGGGAGCGAAGAAGAAGAAACGACGACGACAUGAACGAAAAGAGAGGAGGAAAAGGAGGCGUCAAAGAGACGACGACGACGAUAAACAGAACAGGGCGGAAACGACUCGUUCUCGACACCCGAGCAGAGGAGGAAAAGGAGGAAAAGGGGAAAGGUGGCGGCGGCGUUUCCACUUGGGUGAAGAAACCAAAGACGAUUCAGACGACGACGAAAAGUAAGAACGGAGAGGACGAAAGAGAAGAAGAAGAAAUGACGGCCAAGGAGAGGUUCUUGAAAAACUCUCGAGAACACAAGGAGAAGUUGUUGCUGAACAACGCGGGAAAAUCAUCGAAAGAGAAGAUGAGCGAAUUGGUGGAAGUUGAGAAAAUGGAAAACGAGAGCGGCGACGAGGAAGAAGAGGCGUUUAAUCCCGCAGAUUGGGCGAAUUUGAUGAAGAAAGCGACGAGGAAAGACGAAGAUGACGAUAACGGUGAGUCAAAAGAGGAAAAGAGGAACGGAGAGAAUAAGAACGAGAAGAGAGACGCGGCGCCGCAUCGGGAUCGGGUGUUUGAUAGCAACGCGACGACUGCGAAGUCGUUCGCCGAGCUCGGCGUUCCGGAGACGCUGAUUAAAGUCAUGUCUGAGUCUGUGGAUUUACAAUUUACGACGCCAACUUUGGUACAACAGUUGGCAGUGCCGUCGAUUUUAGCCGGGAAGGACUGCUACGUUCGAGCGGAAACCGGGAGCGGUAAGACGUUGGCCUACGUUUUACCGAUAGUUAUUAGUUUAGGAGUAGCGAAGCCUAGAAUCGAGAGGAAAGAUGGAACGAGAGCGUUGAUUAUCGUGCCAACGAGAGAGUUGUCCACGCAAGUUUCUUCAUUUAUCGAGAAAUUAUCGAAACCGUACCAUUGGAUUGCCACCGGAUCGGUUCACGGCGGCGAAAACAGAGCGAAGGAGAAGGCAAAGUUGAGAAAAGGGUGCGUCGUGUUAUCCGCCACCCCGGGGAGACUGUUAGAUCACUUGCAAAAUACUGCCGCUUUUGUAUUCGUGAAUGUCAGUUUUGUCGUUUUUGACGAAGCCGAUCGCGUUUUAGAUUUAGGAUUCGAGAAGGAUAUCGACGCUAUUUUAGAUAUCAUCGAGCGAACGAAAAAGGAAGCGCGGGCGGCGUCGGCGUCGCCUCCAUUUUCACAAAUGACGUUGCUAUCGGCUACUUUGACGCCAGGCACAGACCGUUUGCGAAUGAAAAUGCAAAAUGCGGUGACAGUGGACGUUAACCCAGAAGCUGAUCGCGAGAUUGAGUUUGUUCAAGGAGAGGACGACAACGAGAACGACGAGGACGAAGAAGGGUUGAUGAAAGCAAUGGCGAGAGCUUCCGGGAGAGCAGUUGAUGGCGACGAUGGGAAGAAUAGAAAGAUUCGCGUGCCUUCACAGCUCACGCAUACUAUAUUUGAAACGCCACCGAAAUGUCGAAUGGCAGCUAUCGCCGGUUUACUCGCCGGAUGGGCGAUGUCUGAUUUGAACAAAGUCAUCGUGUUCCUCGCGAGCAGAGAGUCCGUUGAGUAUCACUACGAAAUCUUGUCCUGGUUAGCUGGGCAGAAGAACGACGGAGAAAACGAUGAAGAAAACGACAGCAGCAGCAGCAGUAGCAGCAGUAGUAGUAGCAGUGGCAGCGCGAGCGGUGAAAGCGAUUCAGACGACGAUUCGGACGAUUCGGACGAUUCGGACGACGACACCGACGCAAAGAAGAAGAAGGAGAAGAAGAAGAAGAAAAAGAGCAAUAAAAAGAGAGGAAGCGGCCUCUACGAAGUCUUUCGUUUACACGGCGCACAAAAACAAUCCGAGCGUCAAAAGACAGUCUCUAGAUUCCAGUCCCAAAAAAGAGGCGUCCUUUUGUGCACCGAUGUCGGCGCUCGCGGUUUAGAUUUCGACAACGUCGGCGCGACUGUGCAAGUUGACCCUCCGGCGGACUCGAAAACGUACGCGCACAGAGUCGGUCGAGCCGCGCGUCUAGGCAACGACGGCGAAGCCGUUCUUUUCCUCGGUCCAAAAGAAUUGGAAUUCGAAGACACGUUAAAAGAAGAUAUCGAAGAUCUCACGUUUUCAAAGGCAAAGUUAGGGGCUGUUUUGGACGUUCUCGCGCAAACAACCAUGCGCAAAUAUUGCGGCAACAACAAGAAUCCUUCCUCGCGAAACAACCCAACGGAGCACAUCGCGGUCAAAGCGUUGCUUUCCGCCGCGGAACGAAAGAUGCAAUCCGACCCAAGUCUCAAAUCUCGCGCCGAAGACGCCUUCCGCUCCCACGUCCGAGCCGUCGCCGCCUACCCGUCUGCGCUCAAACACAUCUUCCACGUCAAACGCUUACACCUCGGCCACGUCGCCGGCGCGUUCGCUCUCCGCGAAGCGCCAAUCUUGGUCGGUAAAAAAGGCUCCGCCGCGUUUUCCAACGCCAAAAAGCUCGAUAAAGUCACCACCGAGCGUAAAAAGAGAGAAAAAGAGAGUCAAACGAGGAAGAAACGCCUGCUCCGAAAGUUGGCGACGAAUCCCAGUAAACGAGGUCACGCCCCCGUCGGCGGUCAGAUGUAA